AGCGCAAUUCCUCGCUCCACGGCUUUUUGCCAUAUUCCUUGUUGUUUUCCUGAGGUGUGUGUGGCAGAUCGUAGCAGCUGGAACUGAUUCCGAGCCUGAUUUGCAGCUAGAAAUGUGCGUAGAUUCGGGCGUUUGAUUUUGAACUCUAGCUCAACACCCAGUAUACCGUCUGACAUGACGUAAAGUGCAAGGUGGCGAAGUAAAUGUUUGUAUUGUGUUGAAAGUGUCGCAAGUGACCAUCGGAAACAGUUCUCGAGUACGUACGUGCAAUGGAGUGAAUUCGCGAGAGUGAUUUCUUGCAAUCCGAGUAGUAAAUUGUUUGGAUCGUCGAACAAAUUUCAACUGAAAAAUCGUGCCAAUUAAACCCAUUCGUAAAAAGACUGGUGCCAAUUUAACUUAAACCUUAUAAUAGCCACAAAAAGAGUACAAGUAACAAUGAAAAGCAACAUAUUAGGAGCAAACGACAAGUAAACUAUGACGCGAUUAUCGAUCAACCAAAUAUUGAGAAUCUUGGAAAAAUGGCUCAAACAUAAAGCCUAGGAGAAAUGAAGUAGAGAUAAUACACGAGGGCAGCUAAGAUCAGCUACUGGAAGCUCACAAGAGCGCACAAUAACGCAAACAUUCAUUGAUCUACUGAUUUCCGCCGUUAAUUUUUUUGUUAUUUCAUUUUUUCCACGAUUCACGGUUAAGUAUAUUUUACUUUUAUUCGAUUCUGCAUUUCCCUCGUCACUUACUCGGCGGUAUUUAUUGGUGUCGUCGGUGUUUCAUAUGUGUGAUCGUAUUGGCUUCGAAUAGUCUUCAAAGAGAAGUCAUCAGACUUCCCACGUCCAAGUCUGAAAAUUGUCUCUCUUUCUCUCACGUGAAAACAGAGUAAUUGUAAAAGUAGUAAUAAAAUCGUAGUUAGGAAAAUGCAGUUUAAAUUAAAGUAAAUUAUUUUUUCCUGCCGUUUCGUUCGCAUUUUAACUAUCGACGGUUUUUGAGAUGUUACAUUUGUUUUAUAAUGGCUUACGGGAACAUCGUAGUGAAAUAUCCAGCGCAAUAAAAACAGUAAUCGUAACUUUUUAAAAAGAAAUAAGAGUGAGAAUUACUAUCAAGCGGAUCUAGUAAGAUUAACAGGGCCGUAAUCAGUUAACUUAACCAUUUCCAUCCGAAGUCUUCUUUGCAACAUCCAAAUAUUAUGGGUAAUUGUCUUACAUGUUUCAAAUCGUCAUCGGAUCAGAUGUGCUCGUCUGCACCGACAUCGCAAGCUGCAAAUGUUGUCGAUUCAAGAAGUGGUGCGGGCACUACACUCGAUAGGAACAUGUACGCUGAUCGGCCGGGAGAAACAGAUGAGCUACUAUCUCAUAAUCAGCAGCAUCUUACAAAUCUCAGCUAUUCCGGUGAAACGAAACGAAGUAGUUUUAAGAAGCCAAUAGUUUUGUUAAAUGGCAAUACUAACAAUAUGGGUGAUAUUAUUACGACUGUUAAAGAACCACAACAAGUCUCAGAUAACACGCUAAAUCAACUUUUCGAAGAGUACAAAGAUCGCAAUGAGGAUGCAAUCUUGUCAGAAGGUAUUGUCCGACUGUGUAAAGAUUUAGGGUAUGAACCGGACGAUUUCGCAAUAUUGGUGCUAGCGUGGCUUUUGGAUGCUUCACAAAUGUGCCGUUUUACCAAGUCGGAGUUCAUACAAGGAUUGCAAGCGAUGCCAGCCGACACUAUUGACACAAUACGCGAGAGACUGAAACAGAAGAUUGAAGAGCUGAAGACGGAUAGCGAAAUGUUUAAACAGUUGUAUCGGUUCACAUUCCGAUUUGGUCUAGAACCAGAUCAACGGAUUUUAUCGAUCAACAUGGCAAUCAGUCUAUGGCGAUUAGUCUUCACAAAUCACACGCCAGAAAUAUUAGAAAGUUGGCUCAAUUUUCUCAGUAACAUCCAAUGUAGAGGAAUCCAAAAGGACACGUGGAACAUGUUCUUAAUUUUUGCGGAAACAUGUGAUAUAAACCAAUACGAUGACACCGAGGCCUGGCCAAGCUUAUUCGAUGAUUUCGUUGAGACGGAACGAUUGAAACAGAGCCAACGAGCAGCAGACGCAACAGCAAACCAUUCAACAAAUAAAGACUCGGAAACGAAUGAUAUCUUAUAGUAUUAAAUUUCAUCAUUUUCAAUUAUCCUUUACUUGAUUGUUUUGUAAUAUGACGCAUCUGGAAGAAUUAAUUUUAUGUUAAAAUAUUUUUAAGGUAUAAAGUAAUUUUAUAUAACCUAUUUAUUUGUCAUGCACUGCAAUAAAUAUAGGGGAUGUGAGGAGGCGGGAGUAUUUACUGCAGUUCGCAAGGAAACCUUUCAGUUUUUAGUUUUCGAUGUCUUAUGAAUGUGAUAAUUGUCUUUGAUUUUGACUUUACAAGAAAUCCGACAUUUCAAACAGCAUGCAGACAUGCUUAUUGGUUUCAAGACUCCCCGAAUAGUACAGCAUUGAUUCGUUGAAAAACGAGAGAUUACCAACUCAAGGGAGACCCAAGCAGAAGCACAGAUCAGCAGACAAUUUAGUUUACUAAAGUUGUAUUCAUUGAAAAACUUCCAUUUCCAGUCGAUAUAAUUACGUUCUCCGAUUUAGCUAGACAUUGUAUUGUGAUAAAGACGUUAUUCAAUUGAAAUAUGGGUAAUGUAACAAAUAUCAAUAAGUAAACAAAUGCAGAAUGUAAUGUAGUCGUGAAUUAGAGAAUGCGAAUAUUGACGAUGUCCGAAGUGAGUUUCAGUUAUUAAUAAGCAACAACCACGCAGAACUAUAGUACAUCAAGUUAUGCCCGAAUAACAUGCGAAAUUGAAACGGAAACACGCUAACUGCCAGAGCCUUUCUGAAAACUGUAGACCUAUAGAUCAAAGCACUUUAAAGGUAGAGUAUCGUCCAGCAACGCAGAGGUACUGUAUCGAUCUGUAAAUAGCAAAAUCCAACUUAAGGAAAUAUCGGAUAAAUGCGUUUUACAUAACACGGUGUAAAGCAAAACAAAGCUGAAACUAACUGUAUAUGGAAUUAACGAAAUUAGGUCAGAUAUAGUUUGUUUGAUUUGAUUUGAAGGUGAAAACAUUAAGUUAAACGCAAAGUUGUCUAUUAAAAUUGCAAAAUGAAUGGAAUCUUUUCAAUAUAUCAAGAGAGGAAGAAUAUUUUAAUGUAAAUAUUUCUUAAAAUAAAACUGGACUUUUC